AUGGAGCCAAACUUUCCAUUUGGAUCCGUGUCCAAGAACACGCAGCACGGCUUUGAGGUGUACCAAGAAUAUGGGCUCCUCACUGAACAAGAAUACGGGAAGAUCGCUGGGCAUCUCCCGCAGGAGCUGCAGAACAAGGGGCCGUCGGUUGUCAAGCUCCCGUACAUGUCCCCAUCCGCGAAUAGCAACUAUUACCUGGUGGACCUCUUGGACGUUGAAGCUAACGUCGUUGCUUCAAUUCGGAAGGUGCGGAUCUAUUACAAUGUCUGCGCCGAGCUCCAGGUUGCCAUAUUGGAGCACGGGAAACAAUUGACGAAGCACCAUGCAAGGGCUGUCUACAGCCACGCCGUGGACAAGGAGCAGUCUAAGCGUCCUGCGCCUUUGAAGCCAUCUGCCAACCGUCCGCAGUCCCUCGACGCCUUUGUCGAGAAGUUCCGAGGCUUGGCAGAUGCGGCGGAAGCGGCAGCCGCCGUAGAGCCGGAUCAGGAGGAGGAAGAAGCUGAUGGCAGCGACGAUGGAGAUGAGAAGAAGCAGAAGCAGGGCAAUCCCGACAGAGCCAUGGGUCUGUUCUUCGAUGAUGAUGACAUGCCCAAGCCGAAGAAAAAGGCAAAAGCGCCUGGGAAGGGACCCGCCGCAUCCGCCCCAUCCGCCGCCACACCUGCAUCUACUGCCUCUCCAGCAGGGCCGUCUGUGGUUCCCACGCCCAGCAAGAGUAAGCUCGAAGCUUUGGAGACAAACUCCGCCUCGACAGUGGGAAAGACGAAGGCAUUCCAGAACCUUGACAAGGACAUGACCUUCGUUGCUCAGCGACACCUCCAAAACUGCCCGACAUCGAAAGCCACGUCGCUGGAGCACCUUUUUCCGGUAAAAUUCCUUUUGGAACCAUCCAAGCAGCUGUCCAACAGCCUCAGCGGUGCCAAGCGGAUAUUGGACUCAUUGAAGAGCAAGGGCACUGAGACCGUCGCCACCAACACUCUCCAUCGCAGAAUUGUGGAGUGCGAACAUGCGUCGGCAUUGAGUUCAGGGGUUUCAAGCUUGCCAGUGGCAGAACUUACCCGGCACGUCCAAGGCACCUCCGCCUUGUGGGAGCGCUUCUCCUACAACCUGCAGAUCGAAAUCUGCGCAAAGUAUGCGGAGGAGCAGCUUGAGCUGGCUUGCUUGUGCUUUGCCAAGCCGGAUGUUGGCGCCAAGUGCGACAAGGAAAUGCUUCAGAAGAUCCAGAGGGCUACCAAUGGCUCAGUUCAGGAGUUUAUGAAGGCGUUCUUUGAGAUCUUGAGCUUGAAGGGUGACUCGGCUUCGGCUGAUGAAGUCAAGAAGUUCCGGGGCGACCAUGCCCAGUUCUCGGACACGUUGUCCAUGAUUCAGAGUUCCUUGGAGGAUUCCGUCUAUGGCGCGGAGGCCAGCUUCGAGAAGACUUUGUUCGACUUGGAAGACUUGGAGUCAGCUGGCGAUGAGGCCGGCACCAAGAAGCCCAUGGAGAACCUCGCCCAGGAGAUGGCAAAUGCUUUCUUGAACCUCUUCCUGAACGAGUCGUUCUUGGGCAUUGUGAACGCCGGACACGAGCAUGCGAGCUUCCUCGUGCUGCUAGCUUGCGAAUUCCUGAAGUGUUACAGCGGGCACGAGGAAUUCUUGGAACAUUUGGGCAGCAUGGCAGAAUUGGUUGCCAUCAAGGAGGCAUUCCGCGACCUUGCCCGGUUCUGGCAGGCCGUGCUCCAUUUGUUGGAUGAAGAGUGUACACUGGAGGAUGGUCGCGUACUGAGUGGCUCAGCUCAGGACGUCUUCUUCGUGAGCGAAUACUCCGGAAAAUGCUUCUUCCAUCGCAACAUGAAGGCGAUCUUCAUGAAGGACGGCAGCUUUUGGCACACACAAGUUCGCGACGUAGUGAAGACGGCUGGAAGCAAAGCUCUUUUGUCCCCCAAGCUGCGAAAGCUGAAAGAGCUUGUUGCUGACUCUGCGACGGAAGCCUCAGGCGCCGAACUCAUGGAUAUGAACACCUUGCUGAGUGAAGUGAAGGGUGGAGUUCGGUCCCUGGAGUGGUCAUCCAUUUUGGCCAAGGUCGCUCACAUCGCCAUGACCACAGCAAAACGCAUGAUGCAGUCGUCUGCGGGCCAGACGGCUGGCGACCACUAUGCCGCCUCGACUGUGGAAGCAGUGUCGAGCCUGCUCUUGUCUGCCAGCUCCAUCGCUGGCGUGCCCACUGUCUACGAGGACUUCAAGAAGUGGGCAAGCAGCACCAAGGGUGCUCGACAGGUGGGUGAAUUGGUCCAGGCCAUGAAGUCCGCGACCCGUGUGUCCAUCGACUACGAAGCCGUGCGAAACUUGCAGCCAGAGCAGUCUUGGCGAAUUCAGGGGACAGGAGCAGGCGAGAUCCUAUCAGCGGCGACUAACUUUGUGCAGAAGUCGUUGCUGCACAUGAUGGACAAGAUCCUCAGCCCGGACUUCAAGGGUGCGGCUGACGUGAAGGCGGCCAUGGUGACCACCGUCCAGUUGGCCAAGGGCGUGUUUCAGAACGGCACGGCUCCUCCCCAGGAAGGCGAAGAUGGGUCAGGCCUUGAUGUCUUCGGGGUCGUGAACGGGUACAUUUUGGUCCUGGUUCAGUUCUUGCAAACUGGGAUAGUUUACAUGGCGCAGAGGAAGAAGCUGCAAGGAAGUGACUCAGCGGAGGCCGAGCCUGGGGUGUGCGAAGCCACGGAACGUGCUACCCUAAUCUUGAAGAAUGCCAGAGACAAGUGCUUGGCCGCCGUGCGGGCGGGCCAGGACUACUUGAAUCAGAAGAUUCACCCAUCCGAGGAUGCGCUCUUCGCUGUGAUUCGGGAUGCAUCGCCAGAAGUGUUGCAGGAGCUCCUCGACAUCGACCUUGUGCAGCAGUUCCCUUUGACAAAAGACGACGUGUAUGAGGAUGCGGUGUCGAAGUUGUUUGUCGCCCACUCCAGGGCGAUUGCUCAAGCAGCAGGCCAGGUCACCCAGCUUUUUCAAGGCUUCGAGGAGGGUGGCCUCCAUUCCUGGAAGAAGGACUUGCCAACAACGGCGCCCGAGGUGAACACGGUGACCUUCGCGGAGCUGUUGAAAGCGGCUCAGGAUUCCGUGGAGAAGGUUGAUGGCAAGCGACUGCGACAGAGCACUGAGGCCUACUAUGAGGUCCUCAAGGCGGCCACGGCGAUCUUGGAGAAAUUUGAGAGCAGCCAAGACAGCUCAACGAUGGCAUCGGCCCGUGACGUCUUGAAGAAUGCCAUGGACGAUCACUUGCCAGACAUGCGCAAGGGGAGAGUGCUGGUCAUCGAGAUGAUGUUGGUGCGGCAGCUUUCCAAGGUGAAGGGCAAGGACAUUUCGAUCGACAGCAAGGACCCCUGCGUCGUGGACAUGGAGGGAUUGCUGACCAAGCAAACCAUUUUCCUUUCCAGCAAUCUGCUGGGAAUGACGUCCAAUGAUAUUCACCCAGCGUUGUGGCAAGCGGUACAGAAGUUUGCCAAGUGA